UUCCCUUAAUAUCGCCCUGAUUGUCCUGUUGACGAUUGUUGUACGCACUAUUGGUUAUGAGUGCGACAGAUCCGCCACGGUAUGCGAGACGACUCUCGUUAUCACACACAGCCAGACGAUGUUGCACGACACUGCGUCACAGGUUUACCCAGCCAAUGGAAAGCUGUAUAGGUAUGACGAUGUGAAUCAAACCACCGCUAUUCCUGCUGAUGAAGUUAUGACCGCUGAUGGAUGGGAAGACAAUAGACUAGUUGUUGUUGCGAAUGAAAGCCUUCCAGGCCCGCCGAUUAUAGUUUAUGUGGGACAAAGGGUCAAAGUUCGUGUCAUCAACAUGCUACCAUCAGAUACUGUGACAAUACACUGGCAUGGUUUACCUUUGUAUGGAAGGCCGUGGAUGGAUGGUACUCCUUUCUUGACUCAAUGCCCGAUUCUCCCUGGCCAGUCGUUUACUUACGACUUCUAUGCAGAACCCAAAGGGACACAUUGGUAUCACUCGCACGCUGGAAAUCAAAGAACGAAAGGUUUGAGCGGAGCUUUCAUUAUCAAAGAGCGGACGUCAACUGCCAGAGAGCAUAUCAUGACGAUACAAGAUUGGAAUCAUAACUGGGACGGGGAUAUGGAUUUGCAAAAGUUGAUGAAAGCUCAAGCAAAUCGUUGAUCGUCAGCGCAUACCUUUCAGAUUUUCUCUAGAUGGAGCAAUGUUUCUUCCUUUCUAUGUUUCUUCCGUCCUGAUCAAUGGCAGGGCGCGUUUCUACAACGAAACAGGACAGCAUAACGGGGCACCUUUGUCCGAUUUCCCCGUUGAAGCAGGAGUAACCUACAGGUUCAGAGUAAUCCAUGUUGGUGUUAUGUAUCCUAUUAGAAUCUCAAUUGACCAACACAUGCUCACUUUAGUUGCUUCAGACGGACACGACAUCCAACCGGUAGUUGCAGAAUCCUUUAUCAUUACCGCAGGCGAACGAUACGACUUUGAAAUAAGUACUGAUCAACCUAUAGGAAACUACUGGAUACGAGCCGAAACCUUGGAAGAAAUUAUGCAUAAAUCUGAAGCUGUUCUCCGCUACAAUGGCGCCGAUGCAUCUCAAUACCCGUUAACUACUAGAAAGACAUGCACUCCAAACGACAGAUGUUUGGUUGUAAACUGUCCGUUUGCAACAUAUCCAGCAGACACGUACACAGACUGUGUACAAUUUAAUGAACUCAAAUCAGCUGUAAACGACCCGGCACCAGAACCACCAUCACCGGAUACAUUCAAAGAACAUUUUACGAAUUUCGGUAUCGUUAUUGGACGACCGUCAGUGAAUGGUAUUGUGUUCAAAAUGCCUACAGUGCCAGCACUCACGCAACCUUUUGAAGUUGGUCCUACAUGUGACAAAAAUGACUGCGGUGAAGAGACGAUAUGUGCCUGCACUCAUUCAAUCAACACUAACCACAAUGACGUUAUACAACUAGUGAUGACGAACAUGGGAAUCGGAGGAUUGAAUUCCCAUCCAAUUCAUCUACACGGCUACUCAUUCUACGUAUUGAAAAUGGGUUUUGCCACUUACAACAUGACCACCGGAAAAUAUAUUUCGCAAAAUCCGGAUAUCGACUGUCGAGGAAAUGGGGACCAGAGUUUCUGUAACCACGCUACAUGGAGUAAUUCUACCUGGCUUGGGAACAAUGUUCCGGGGUUGAACUUGGUCAAUCCCCCACGGAAGGAUACAUUGAACAUACCUCAUGGUUCAUAUGCUAUUGUUAGGUUCAAGGCCAAUAACCCAGGUGUAUGGAUGUUGCAUUGCCACAUACAGCUACACAUGUCACUUGGAAUGAGUAUGAUCAUCAACAGCUCGUACGGUAUGCAUCCAGACCCGCCAAAAGCGUUCCCCGUCUGCCAUAGCUUUCCCUCCACGUACCGCGAAGACCUUCUAGACCAACAGCCGCAAAGUACAACCACUGAGCCACGUCCAAUCGCUUCAUCUCCUGAAGUCAAAAUUGUGACACAGAUUGUCAAAGAAGAUGAUGUUUAUGGAACCUCAUCUUUCUGGGCCAUGUUUGGAGUACUUGUAGCGGUUAUCCUCGUGCUGGGUAUCUACAUUGUGUGUUUACGGAGAAACGUGGAAAUGUAUAAGAAAACCUGUAAAGAAUAUACAGUAACUAUGACAACGAAAAAUGAAAACCUCUCAAAACUGUAGCUUUUAGGUCACACAAGGCAACGUCCCAAUGGACUUAAUGCGACUGUCUUUAGAUUUAUCCGUCGUCAUGCUUCGGUAAUCAACAUGUGCUUUUCGAAUUCUAUCCAGUUAAAGGGGCAUUCUUUUGUCUGAAUAAAGUUUAGGUCGUCAAAUUUAAA